AGAGUAUAAUAACAUACGUACUUUGAGUUACACUUGAAACAUUGUAUUUUGUGAAUUGUGAGAUGAUUGUAAACACAAUAUUUUAGAGAAAUUAUUUAUAGCUUUACUAAUUAUUAAACUUAAGAAUUUGUUAUUUCUAUUAAUAUUAUACUAGCGACAUAGGGUAUCUACAGAGAUGUCGAAGAAAAGUAUUGAAGACCUUGAUUUAUACUCAAUACUUGAUGUAAAAAUUACAGCCACUGAUUCUGAGAUCAAAAAAGCCUAUAGAAAAAAGGCAUUACAAUGUCACCCUGAUAAAAAUCCUGAUGAUCCAAAAGCUGCUGCAGCCUUUCAUGAAUUAUCUCAAGCAUUAGAAAUAUUGACCGAUAAAUUAGCUCGCGACGCAUAUGAUAAAGUUAUAAGAGCUAAAGAAGCAGCUAAGUUACGGCACCAAGAGUUGGAUAGUAAAAGACAAAAAUUAAAAGAAGAUUUAGAGAAGCGAGAAAAGGAAGCAAACUCAAAUAGAGAGACAAAGUUAACUUGUGAGCAAAAACUUGCAGCUGAAAUUGAACGUUUACAAAGAGAGGGUAGUAGAUUGUUAUUAGAAGAGCAACAGAGAGUUAAGGAGGAAAUACAGAGGACACUUGGUAAAAUAAAUCAACCUGUCUGGGACUCGACUCUAAACAGAAUUAAAAUUAAAUGGAAAGCAGACAAAAAUGAUCCAGAUAAUGGUGGAUAUAAUGAAACAAAUUUAAGACGUUUUUUGAGAAAGUAUGGAGAUAUUGUAGCUUUAAUUGUAUCACCAAAGAAAAAGGGCAGUGCUCUUGUAGAAUUUGCUACAAAAGAAGCAUCUGAAAUGGCUGUGGAGUUAGAAAAAGGUUUAGCAGAAAAUCCCUUAUCAUUAAAGUGGCUUAAUGAUAGACCAAUUCUGACAACCAAAAAAAAGCCAGAAGAACCCUCCCUCAUAUCAGAUAGAGACUAUGAAUCAGUAGUAUUGGCGAAGCUACGACAAGCUGCUGAAAGACAAAAAUUAAUAGAAGAAUUGAUGAAGGAAGAACAAGGAACAUAAGACAGAAUUUGAAAUAAGUAAUGUUAAAAAUAAAUUAUUUAUUAACUCAAAAA